AUGUGUCGUGUAAUAUGGUUUCUGAAAACAUUGCUAGUCUCUCAACUUUUUCACUUCUCUGCUUCCAUGAAUGCCAUCACACCAAACAACUCUAUCAAAGAUGGUGAGGUUAUAGACUCUACCGAAAAAAUCUUUACUCUUGGAUUCUUCAGUCCGGGUAAGUCCACCAAACGAUAUGUUGGAAUUUGGUAUUAUCAAGAUCCUGAUAAAGCCAUUGUUUGGGUGGCUAAUAGAGAUGAUCCAAUCAACGAUAGAUCCGGGGUCCUCUCAAUCAACAACGGAAACCUUGUCCUGUCUGAAAAAAACCAAACUGUUAUUGUCUGGUCCACAAAUGUUUCAGUCACAUCCACCAGCAACACCAAAGCUCAGCUCUUAGAUACAGGAAAUCUUGUUUUGGUCGAACGUGACACCAAGAAGACACUAUGGCAAGGUUUUGAUCAUCUUACUAAUACUCUGAUUCCGUUUAUGAAACUUGGGUUGGACAGACAAAGAAGUGUGAAUUGGUCCUUAACGUCUUGGAAAUCCCCAGAUGAUCCUGGAACUGGAAACUACUCUUACCGAUUCGAUUCAACUGGAUUUCCUCAGUUGUCAUUGUACAGGGGUCCGGAUAAGAUAUGGCGAACUGGCUCGUGGACAGGUCAAAGAUUGAUCGGCAUACCUGAAAUACAGUGGAGUAAAAUUUCGUUCUCUACUUUUGAAGAUAACGAAGAUGAAUUAUCCUCAAUGUACGGUGUAACUAACUCUUCAGUGAGGAUAAGAUUGGUACUAAAUGAGUCAGGAGUUACGCAAAGGUUCUCAUGGGAUAAGAGAUGGAUUCAGUUUGCUUCUGCCCCAAUGGAGCAGUGUGAUUAUUAUGGGAAUUGUGGCGCCAACAUUAACUGUAACCCGUAUAAUGUUGGAAAUGUAGACUUUGAGUGCACGUGCCUACCUGGGUAUGAACCCGAGAAUCCACAAUCAUGGUUCUACAGAGACGGGUCGGAUGGGUGCAGAAGAAAGCAAGGUAUGUCCACGUGUCAAAAAGGAGAAGGAUUUGUUAAGGUGGCACGUUUGAAGGUGCCGGAUACAAAUGUCACACAUGUGGACUUGAGUUUGGGGUUGAAGGAAUGUGAAAGAAAGUGCUUGAGCAAUUGUAGUUGCUUAGCUUACACAAGUGCAUAUGCUGAAAGUGAGGGAGGAGCUACUGGAUGCUUGACAUAUCAUGGGAAUAUGAUGGAUGCGAGAACAUAUACAAAUACUGGUCAAGAUUUCUAUGUUCGUGUUAAUGCAACUGAGUUAGCACUUUAUAAGAAGAAUGGUUCACUACUUGCCAAGAAGACAAUUGUGAUACUUUCUUUAGUGGCAUUGCUUUUCCCGAUAACCUUGAUGUUUUUAUUCUUCCGAAGGAAGAAAAAGAGGAAGGCAAAAUACAGGACAUCUUCAUUUAACUUGGCUGCAAGUUCAACAUACUUAGAUGACUCUUUUGAUAUUCAAGAACAAGAUGGGAAUACAAGAGAUCCAGAUUUACCAAUGUUUGACCUUAGAACCAUUGUUGCGGCUACAGAUAAUUUCUCUACUGAUAACAAACUUGGAGAAGGUGGUUUUGGCUCUGUUUAUAAGUGGGAUGACUUUGGCUUCAAGGAGAAAUUCUCUUCCAAGCUGCAGCAAGAUACUCUUGCUUUGCUUGAGGGAGGAUGUUGA